UCAGCGACCCCCGGCCCGGCCCGAUCCCCGUCCCCAUCCCAACCCCGCUCCCGGUCCCGGCCCGGCCCCCGGGGGCGGCCGGACCCCCCCCCUCUCCCUCCCCGCCCUGCGGAGCGGGGAGCGGCGCCGGGCAUGCGGGCGGUGGCAGCGGGCCGGGAGGUGGGAUGCUGUCGCGGAAGAAGACGCGGACGGAGCUCUCCAAGCCGGGCGAGGUGCAGGGGAAGUACGUGAAGAAGGAGACGAGCCCGCUGCUGCGGAAUCUGAUGCCUUCCUUCAUCCGCCACGGCCCGACCAUUCCGAGACGAACCGAUAUCUGCCCUCCCGACUCCUCAUCCUCCGCCUACGCCCCCGGCGGCGAUGGGAUCGUUUCCAGGAACCAGAGCUUCCUCCGAACUCCGGUGCAGAGGCCGCCUCACGAGAUCAUGAGGCGGGAGAGCAACAGACUGUCUGCGCCUUCUUACCUGGCCAGGAGCUUGGCCGAGGUGCCGAGGGAAUACGGCUCCUCCUCGCAGUCCUUCCUGUCGGAAGCCGGUCCCGGGCUGGAGAACGGCGACGCCGCAGCCCGGGGCUAUUACUACGAUCACUUCUACGAGGCGCAGAGGAGACGGCAGCUGAACGACCGCCUGCACGAGGACUACAGGUAUUAUGAGCACAACAGUGACCUUUUCCAGAGGAUGUCCCAGAAUCAUGGCAGGCACGCUUCAGGCAUCGGGAGAGUUGCUGCUACAUCUUUAGGAAACCUAACAAAUCAUAGUUCUGAAGAUUUACCUCUUCCUCCUGGCUGGUCAGUGGACUGGACUAUCCGAGGAAGGAAAUACUACAUCGAUCACAACACCAACACAACCCACUGGAGCCACCCCCUGGAGCGCGAGGGGCUCCCGCCGGGCUGGGAGCGCGUGGAGUCGGCGGAAUUCGGGGUUUACUACGUGGAUCACAUCAACAAAAGGGCUCAGUACAAACACCCCUGUGCCCCCAGCGUUCCCCGUUACGAUCAGCCGCCCCCCGUGUCCUACCAGGCGCAGCCCCCGGAGAGGAGCCAAGCCCUGCUGGUCCCUGCCAACCCCUACCACAGCGCCGAGAUCCCUGACUGGCUGCAGGUCUACGCCAGGGCUCCCGUCAAGUACGACCACAUCCUGAAGUGGGAGCUGUUCCAGCUGGCCGACCUGGACACGUACCAGGGCAUGCUGAAGCUGCUGUUCAUGAAGGAGCUGGAGCGCAUCGUGAAGCUGUACGAGGCGUACCGGCAGGCGCUGCUGACCGAGCUGGAGCAGCGGCAGCAGCGGCAGCAGUGGUACGCGCAGCAGCAGCAGCAGCACAGCGCCAACUACUGAGCCCCCGCGGCUCCUCCCGCCCACACACACACACACACACACACACAAAAAAACCACACACAAAACACAAACUCUGAAAGGAAAAGCGCUUUCCGGUGGAAAAGGCAGCUUCUUUUUGUUGACGUUGCACCUUUGUUAUUAUCCUCUUGGAAUAUUUUUCUACGUGUAUUAUUGUGUUGUUUAUAAAAGAAGUGGGAAUGGUUUGUUAAAAUCUUUUUUUUGGGUUUUUUUUUUUUUUUUCCCUGUUUAUUCUCCUGAGAAACCAGCAGUUCCAUCAGUCCCCUGGUCCUUGAGCUCUUUCCUGCCAGCCAGCUGCAGCAUUCAAAGCUGGCGACGUGUUUUUGAAGGGCAAUAGAUGCAGCCGUCGUGUCCUGGCUUCCAGAUGUGUUCCAAAUCCAGAUGCCUGGUGCAGGGUCCUUCCCUCGGGAUUUGGGCUCCCUCUCCUGGGAGAGCUCUGCUCCUUGUUUACAGCUUUAAUGUACAGAACCAGCCCCGGGCCUGCUGGCUCAUACCAGGAGCUGAUUUCGCCCUUCGCUUCGCAGGAGUGAAGCCUGAGUUGCCUUAUUUUUUACUUCAGCUCAUUAGUACUCCAGCUUUACUCCUCGUUUUUACACAGGUUACUCAGAGGGGGGAACGCUCGUACCUUCCUAAAGACCAAGAUCUCUAAGCGGAGCGGUUUUGAUCCUGCGUUUCCCAAAACCUGACCCGCUCCAGUGGAAAGGCAGCAGCAUUUUCCGACCCACUGUGCCGCCCCACGGGGAAAAUCAGGGAUGUAACAGCAAUUACUGGGGGUUUUUUUAAUGAGCUUUUGUCUUAAAGCUCCUCACUUGGGGAAAUUUUUUAAUCGCCCAGUUACCCUUUCCAAUAAUUCCAUUUGGUUCAUUAAUUGUCCCGACGCGUUAUUUAUGGGUUCUUUUCAGUGCAAUAAACACUGCAGACAAAAAAGUACAUUUCUUGUAAAUCCUAUUAAUUCAAUAAAAAUCAUUUUGUUCGAUGAA